AUGUCCUUCCUCGUCCGCGCCCUCCCAACCCGCACUCUUGCCUUUGCUCGUACUACUCCCCGCGUUGUUCCGUUCGCCAUGGCUGCCCGCUCGCUCCAGACUGCCGCCCAGGCCAAGGCUGGGGACAAGAUCCCCUCCAUUCCCGUCAAGGUUGAUGCGAUGGACAAGCGUGUUGACUUUUCCUCGCUGCCAGGCAAGAAUAUUAUCGUGACUGUUCCAGGCGCCUUCACUCCCACCUGCUCGUCGCAGGUGCCCGGCUUUAUUGCCGACGUGGACAAGUUCAAGGCAAAGGGCGUUGACGGCAUCUACGUCGUUUCCGUCAACGACCUCUUUGUUGUUAAUGCCUGGAAGAAGGCCAUGCACGCCCCUGAGAGCAUGAAGUUUGUCGCCGACGACCAGUGUGAGCUCACCCACGCCCUUGGCACCGUCCUCGACGUGACUGCCGGCCUUGGCGGCCUCCGCUGCAAGCGCACGGUGAUUGUCAUUCAGGACGGCAAGAUCGUUGACAUUGUCGUCGAGGGUGACUCGAGCAAGUCCAUCGACACAACCGCGGACAACAUCCUCGCCAAGCUCUAA